AUGGCCCUGGCAUCCUCUGUCCCCGGUGUGGCCCAGCGGUGGCUGCGGGAGCGGCAUCUGCUGGCCUCCGGCUCGGCGGCACACCUCAGGUCCGGUGUAGUGACGGUGGCAGCAGCAGCGACCGUGUGCAAUAUCCGAGUUGCCAGCUGUAUGAUCAGUGACCCACUUCCCAUAAAUCACCAGUAUUAUCAGUCAGGAGACCUCAUCAUUGCAGGCAUCCUUUCUCAGAUCUAUAUGUUUUCCAGCCCCAUCACCUUCAGAUCACACCCAUCUCUUGGACUCUUUGAAGACCUCAUCAAUUUUGUUGCCAGCUGGACCUUUCGUGCUGCAAUGGACCUUCUCUCCACAUGGGGCAGAUUCUUGCCGAACUACAAAUGUGAUUUCCAGCAUAAUGUGGUGGCUGUCAUUGGAGGCCCCAAUUCAAAUAUGUGCUUCUUCAUUACAACCAUGCUGCAUAUCUACAAGAUGCCACAGCUUACAUUUGGCUCUUCUCCAGUAAUGACCGAUGAAACCCAAGUCACCUUCUUCCAGCAGAUGUUUCCAACUGGGGACCACCAGUAUGUAGGCAUUCUUCAAUUGCUGCUGACUUUCAGGUGGACAUGGAUUGGUGCGAUCAUUAUACAAGAUCAGAAUGGACAAAGGUUUGUGCAGACUGUGCUCCCCAAAUUCUCCCAGAGAGGCAUCUGCUUUGACUUCAUAGCAACCUUGCCAACUGUCUAUUUUACCAAGGACAUUGCUGAAAUGGUGGCAGAGUGGAUUGAAACAUAUAACGUGAUUAUGAGUAGCACUGCCAAUGUUGUAGUCAUCAAUGGGGAAAGUCACACCAUGAUAUUUUUGAGAAUGUUUCCUCAGGUUUCAGAUUUUGAAGACAUACAAAUUAAGACAGAAGGGAAAGUCUGGAUCAUGACAGCCCAGAUGGAGUUCACCUCCACUCCUUUUCAAAGUUUUUGGGGCAUAGACAUCAUCCAUGGGGCUCUGUCCAUUGCUGUCCACUCAAAGGCUGUUCCUGGAUUCCAGCAGUUCCUUCAGAUGAGGAACCCCACCUCAGACAGAGAAGAUGGCUUCAUCACAGACUUCUGGCAACAGGCAUUUAGCUGCGUGUUCCUAAAGGAGAUGUUUAAAAAGCAGGAUGAGGAAAUCUGCACUGGGGAGGAGAAGCUGGAGAGCCUUCCUGGGUCUGUAUUUGACCUGGACAUGACCAGCCACAGCUACAGUGUCUACAACGCUGUCUAUGCUGUGGCACAUGCUUUGCGAUCCUUGCAUUCAUCAAUAUCCAGUCACAGAGCAAGUGCACAUGGAGCAAGAUGGGAGCAUCCAGCCCAUCAGGCCUGGCAGCUUCACCAAUAUCUGCAAAGUGCCUCAUUUAACAACGGUGCUGGUGAAGAGGUUUCCUUGGACCAAAAUGGGGACCUGCUGGCUGGAUUUGAUAUUCUGAACUGGCACACUUUCCUAAACCUUUCAUUUAUUCGAGUCAAAGUUGGAAAAAUUGACGUGAAUGCUCCAGAAGAUAAGAUGCUCAGCAUUACUAUGAAUGCCCUGGUGUGGCCCAGAACCUUUAAUGGGGUUCAGCCAGAUUCACAUUGUAGCCAAGCCUGCCAGAUCGGUUACAGGAAGAGAAAGAAGGAAGGGGAGCCAUUUUGUUGCUAUGACUGCCUUCAAUGUCCCCAAGGGAAGAUUUCAAGCCAGAUGGACAUGAAUGAGUGUUCUCCAUGUCCAGAAGAUCAAUAUCCAAAUGACAAUCGGGACUUCUGCAUUCUCAAAAAGAUAACUUUCUUGUCUUUUGAAGAACCACUGGGAAUCAGCUUGGCUCUCGUUGCUCUUUGCUUUUCUGUGAUCACGGCCUUGGUGCUUGGGAUCUUCGUCAGGCACAGAGACACUCCUAUAGUCAAGGCCAACAACAGGAACCUCACCUUCACUCUCCUGGUCUCACUCUUGCUCUCCUUCCUGUGUGUUUUGCUCUUCAUUGGCCAGCCUCACAAGGUGACCUGUCUCCUUCGACAAACUGCUUUUGGUAUGAUUUUCUCGGUGGCCGUUUCAUCUGUCUUGGCCAAAACCAUCACUGUGGUCCUUGCUUUCAUGGCCACCAAGCCAGGAUCCAGAAUGAGGAGUUGGGUGGGGACAAAGCUGGCUAAGUUCAUUGUCCUUUCGUGCUCUCUGAUUCAAGCCAUGAUUUGCACAAUUUGGCUGGCUACCUCUCCUCCUUUUCCAGAUUUUGACAUGCAUUCAAUGACUGAAGAAAUCUUCCUGGAAUGUAAGGAGGGUUUCACUCUCCUGUUCUAUUGUGUCCUGGGUUUUAUGGGCUUCCUGGCCAUGCUUAGCUUCAUGGUGGCUUUCCUGGGAAGGAAAUUACCUGAUAGUUUCAAUGAAGCCAAGUUUAUCACGCUCAGCAUGCUGGUCUUCUGCAGCGUCUGGCUGACCUUUGUUCCAACCUACCUGAGCACGAAAGGAAAGUACAUGGUGGCUGUGGAGAUAUUCUCCAUCUUGGCCUCCAGUGCUGGGUUGCUCGGGUGCAUUUUCCCUCCCAAAUGCUACGUAAUUGUCAUGCGGCCUGACUUGAAUAGCAGGCAGCACCUCAUGAGAAACUUGAACUGA